AUGGCGACGCCCCAUUAUGACGAAAAGGCAGCCUCGGACGUUGCGCCGCAGAAAUCGUUGGCCAAUUCGGCCUCGGACGCAGAGUCUCUCAGAGCCUCUGUAGUCUCGGGGCCUCAUGACGAGAAGCUCGUUAGACAGCUGAAGAACAGGCAUAUUGCCAUGAUCAGUAUCGGGGGUGUCAUCGGCACGGGUCUUUUUCUCGGGACGGCUACAUCAUUACGAAAUGGUGGACCUAUUGGUCUUCUGCUUGGUUAUAUGGCGGUUGGAUCUAUAUGUUACUCUGUUAUGAUCUCUCUCGGGGAAAUGAUUGCCUACCUACCCAUCCCGGGCGGUCACAUCAAGUUGGCGGAACGUUUCGUGGAUCCCGCGUUUUCCUUUACCAUGGGCUGGAAUUACUGGUACAACUGGACGAUCAUCUUGCCUGCUGAACUCAGCGCUGCCGCAGUCCUCAUUGGUUACUGGAACAAGGAAAUCAACCCGUCGGCGUGGAUAUCCAUAUGUCUAGUGGUCACGGUGGUGAUUAAUAUGUGUGGCGCAGGGGUGUACGGAGAAGCUGAAUUUAUCUUUGCGUCUAUCAAGGUGAUCACAAUCACGGGUUUAAUCAUUCUUGGCAUUGUCCUCGAUCUGGGAGGUGGACCAAAUCAUGAUCGCCUUGGCUUCCGUUAUUGGAAAAACCCUGGCCCCUUCGUUCAAUACAAUGGUAUUGCUGGCUCAAAGGGCCAGUUUUUGGGCUGGUGGGCUGUCAUGACACAGGCUGCGUUCUCGUUUAUUGGAACGGAAAUCGUUGCUAUCGCAGCGGGAGAGGCUAAAAAUCCCCGCAGAAACUUACCCAAGGCAAUUAAGCGCGUCUAUAUCCGUAUUCUCUUGUUCUACAUAGGCGGUACCCUUAUCAUCGGUCUCCUGGUUCCUUCUAAUGCUGAGGGGCUUGACUUGGGCUCCGGAGACGCUGCUUCCUCCCCCUUCGUCAUUGCCAUCCAAAAUGCCGGCAUCAAGGCACUCCCCUCAAUCAUCAAUGCAUGUCUCUUGACCUCCGCCUGGUCAGCCGCUUCCAGCGACCUAUACACGAGUUCCCGUGCGCUCUACGGCCUGGCUACGGCAGGCAAUGCCCCCAAGAUUUUCCUCAGGACCUCGAAGUCUGGGUUGCCAUACGUUUCGGUCAUUUUCUGCGCAUUGUUCGCGGGGUUAGCAUACAUGGGUGUCAACGGAGACUCAGGCAAGGUGUUUGGGUGGUUUGCCAAUAUGACUUCUGUCGCUGGUUUGAUGACGUGGUUCGGCAUCUGCGUUACCUAUCUUCGAUUCUACGCCGGUCUCAAGGCGCAAGGCUUCGAUAGACGUGAUCUACCAUACGCUACGGUAUUGCAACCGUACGCGGCUUGGUACGGUCUUAUAUUCUGCUUGGUCGUCUGUUUCUUCAGUGGUUGGUCGGUCUUCCUCGAGGGAAAUUGGGACCAAGCGAUCUUCGUCACCAACUACUUCCCCCUCAUGCUGUUCCCCGUUCUGUACAUCGGGGCUAAAUUCAUGUAUCGCCAACCAUGGAAGAAGGCCUCUGAGAUGGACUUCAUAACGGACAUAGAUCAAAUCGAAGCCGAUACCUAUGACGACCCCCCACCAAGGAAUAAAUGGGAAGCCUUCUGGGCAUGGCUGAUGUAA